AUGUACAAUCGCAAUAACAAUCGAGGCGGGCGCGAUGUCUGCAAAUUUUUUCUGGAGGGAAGGUGCAGAUUUGGAGACGGCUGUAAGAACGAACAUCCAGGUGAUGGGGCCGGAUCAUCAAAUACGAAUCGAUUCGCACCUUUGCAAAACCCGUCGGCUGGCAAUGCAAGAGGGAGGUCAGGCGCGGUUGGUGGUAACGGAGGACAGGGACAGACAUCUUCACAAUUUGGAGUCACAGCUGAUGGUAUCCGCCUCGACUUGACCGACAACUCACAGAAAGGAGAGCGGCCGCAAUGGGAAUUCUCGUCAUACGCACCUGGCGUCGGCGCGCCUCGACAAUUGCUCGAAGGUCCGCUAGAGCAGAGCGAGGAGGAGAUGAGGGUCAUGUGCUACUUGGCGAAUGCGACUGGGCAGCUUCAAGCAUACGACCRACAUGUGAACGGAAUGAGAAAUGAGAUGACACAGCAGAUACAGAGGAUUCUCAACGACACCGAAGGCGCGAAGCGCUACGUCCAGGAGGGAGAGCAUGUUCAUCCCAACCGUCUCGAUUAUGUUCAAAAGAGUAAUCGAGACUUUCCCUGGGUGAACAAGCCCACCGUGCCUCCACAACAAGGCAACGCAUUUGGCCAAGGGAAUGGAGGAAGUUCGUUUGGCCAAGCAAAUGGCGCAGGUUCUGCCUUUGGCCAACCUAAGCCCGCUGCUUCUGGCUUUGGUCAAGCCUCUGCCCUCGGUGGCGCUUCUCCAUUCGGCCAGCCAUCUGCUUUAGGUGRUGGAGGUGCGAGCGCUUUCGGCCAGGCCUCCAAUUUGGGAGGUGUAAAACCAGCGUUCGGCCAGCCAGCUUUCGGCCAAGCGUCCCAGCCUGCGAGUAGUGUUUUCGGCAAGCCUUCUCAGCCGACAAGUGCUUUUGGUCAAGCCUCACAGCUAGCAGCGCCGUCUGCAUUUAGUUCGACACCACCGCCUGUAACGAGCACAUUCGGACAGCCUUCGCAGCCGGCAGCAAAUGCAUUCGGACAGCCUUCCCAACCAGCAGCGAACCCAUUCGGACAGUCUUCUCAGCCGGCCGCAAAUCCCUUCGGACAGCCCUCGCAACCAUCAGCGAAUCCAUUCGGGCAGACGCAACCUCCAGCAGCGACUCCAUUCGGGCAGACGCAACCGCCAGCAGCGAGCACAUUCGGGCAGAGUCAACAGCCAGCAGCAAGUGCCUUUGGACAGCCCUCUCAGCCGGCAAACCCCUUCGGACAAACUAAUCAACCUGCCGCGAACGCGUUCGGCCAACCCGCGCAGCCAGCAGUAUCGAGUGCCUUUGGUAAGCCGUCGCCAUUCGGCGCUGCGGCACCAGCCAACUCGGCGUUUGGGAAGAGCUCUUUCGGACAGCAAUCGGCCCAGUCACCCUUCGGACAAACUUCUCAAAACAACUCAACUCUCGGACAGAACACACAGCCAGCUUCGAGUUUCGGCGCCGCGUCUGGAGGGCAAUCAGGGCCCUCAGCGUUUGGCAACAAACCGCCUCAAGCUGGCGUAGCAGCCCCGAAGGAUGUGAUUCACGGUCAAAGGAUAUACAAGGGCAAAAACGAUCUACCCAUGGUCAUGGUGCGAAAAGAUGGCGUUGAGAAAGAGACGAGGGUUUGGUUCCCGACUGGUGGUCCAACAUCCUCUGCAAAGGAUACCGAGGGCGAACCAAGUGCAUAUGAGGGCGAGAAGGGAGCGUUGUUGAAGGAGUGGUAUGAUCAAGUCAGGACCACCGGCGAGUUUCCUCGCGACAUCAUGCCAGAGUGUCCACCCAAGAGAGAGUGGGUGUCAUUCGAUCUUUGA